AUGCGCUCUGCGCCGCGGGAGAUUGAUGAAGAGGACUCCGUGCAGAUAUUUGCUGAAGCAGUCUCCGUGCACAUCAAGCCCCACGGCCGAGACGAGUUUGUUGCCCAGCUGACGGUGUGCCUGCGGCCGGACAACCCGGCCCACCCGCGCAACUUGCUGCUCGAGCUCACGGAUGAGAACGAUUUACUCUUCUACCACAGCUUGAUGCUGGGAGAAGGAGAUUACCAUUCUCUGAGGGCCGAGCAGCGCCUUCUGGUCGAUUUCCAGUCCUUCCCGGAACAGCUGGCAGUCUUCCUGCGAAGAUGCUGCGGUACGGAGGUUCAGGGGCUGCCAUCGCUGUCGUCGGGGUCGAAGAUGCUGGCAGUCCUCGACUGCGGUCCUGCUGGUGUGAGCAACUUCAGCAUCGUCGAGUCCAACCACUUUCGGGAGCUGACUCACAUUGCGCUUCAGCUCCGACAGGGUUCGGAUGAGGUGGUGAAGAAGCAUCUUGCGCAGAAGCUCCGUGCUGCCCGCGCAGAGGCUGCAAGUCUCGGCCAGCGCCUUGCCACAACCAGCGAGGCUUUGAUGCAGAGCCAGAAGCAGGUGAACGAGCUGACAGCCAGCGCACGCGUCGUCGCUGACGAGCGGGUGCGCUUGGAAGAGUCGCUGCGGACCACCCAUCAGCGGGAACUCCGUGAAUCGAAGGAAGAGCAUGUCCGAGCGAUCGCUGAGCUGCAGCGCUCCCUCACAGAGGAGAGGGCCCAACUGGAAUCUGAGCACAAGCAGGAGCUGCGGGCUGCACUGGACCGCGCGCAAAGUGCGGAGGGCUCGGUUGAGGAGCUCCAGCGAACACGGCAGUCGCUUGCAGCGACAGGACAAGGCUGUCGCGAACGUCUGGAGGUGGCCGAGCGCCAGGUGAUGGAGGCCUCGCAAGAGACGAGCGAGCUUCGGAAGCAGCUAAAGCAGCUGGAAGAGCUGAAGUUCCGGCACGAGCGAGACCUCAGCGGCCUGCAGGUUCAGCUGGCCUCAGUGAAGGAGCAGCUGGCUGUGCGUGAGCAGCACGCCUCCAGCCAGGCAGCCCAGAUCGAUGAGGCCGUGAGGGAGCGGAGGAUGCUGGAGGAAAGCCUGGCCACCGUCAAGAAGCAGGCGCAAAGCCUGGAGGAGAAGUUCAACCUCUCAGCCCAGGAGAUUGCCAAAGGCAACCGAAUCAUCCAGAACCUGCACCAGACGUCGAAGGAGGCGAAGGCCAAGCUGCGUCUCAAAGCUUCGGAGCUCAUGCAGCAUGAGAAGACUAGGUUGGAGCUAGAGAAAGCCGAGGAGUUGAAGAAGCACGCCCUCGAGGAGAAGGGCCACGAGCUCUCAAGGGGAAAGGCUCGCGAGGAGAAGCUGCAACAGGACAUCGAGGACCUGAAGCGAAAGUUGGCCGAAGCUCAUGAUGUCAUGAAGUCCAAUCGGGAGGUGAUCGAGUACCUGAACCGGCAGCUGACUGAGCGAGACCUCAAGGCAUUGCCGGGGCCGGCCAGCCCCUGGAGCACAUCAGAUCCGACAUCGGCAGCGACCCUCCGGGUGCCGGGAGCCAACUCGGCUUUAUCCGAGCUGCUCGGGAAAGUUGAUGGCCUCACUGCCACGAAGAAAAGUCCAGCUCCGAGCAUAGGCUUCGGGACAGCGACGACGGGCUUGGGCAUGCUGUCUGGUCUCAGCAUGAGCGCCUUCUCGACCCCAUCUCCGGCGAAGACCUCCGUGCUCAGCGCAACCACGUCACCGUCGCCGCCGGUCAGCUACUCCCCCAACAAUCAGGAUGAGGAUGCGUCGCUUCGCAAGCCUGUGGUCUACAAGCGCCCAGGCACUGGGUCGUUGGAGCCCACGUUGCGUGCGGCAGCGGUUUGA